CUGUCGUGACAUUUUGUUAAAUCAACAGUAAACUGACGAGCAAUCACAUCAAACCAAGGAAUUUCAAGCGAGAGCGAGAGCGUUUAAUCAGACGAGAGCGAGAUUUACCUCGUGAGACUGGUGUAAGGUCAAUUUACGUAAUUUGAUAUGGCGAUGAUGUCAGCAGAUGGUCAAUUGACAUUAUUUUUUAAAAAUGGGUCAUUUGACAUUUUGGGCCCAAUUUUUGGGUCAUUCGUAUAAAUUUCCCAUGUUACGAAUUUUUUUUUUUUAAUUUAACAUGCGUAAGAGCUUCAAACCUCUCACAUUACGUACUUUAGUCAUAACUCAAAACAUAUUUUCUAUCGCAAACUAGCUAAUUUAUCAAGAGGUUAAAAAAAAAAAAUCUAUCAUAUCCAUAUUAUUGGGAGGAAAAAAAAGCUCACGUUGGUCAAUGGUAUCAUUUACGUGCAGCUUCAUCCAUCGCCUCCGUUUCCGGCCGUGUGAUCAGCAACGGCCUCUCUCUCUCUCUUUCUCUCUUUCUGAACAAAACAGCGCACUAACUCCGCAUUUGAUUUCAUCGCCAAAAGAAAAUAAAAAAUCACAGAAGACAAGAAGAAACAAACAAGUUAAAGAAUGGAAACAGAAGCGUCAGCGGAGGCCAUGGCAACGGCGGCCGAGAAGUCACCAAUCACUUCACACCGGAAAGUUCGAGACGAUCUCGAUCCCAAGCUCCCUAAGCCAUAUUUGGCGAGAGCUUUGGUGGCACCUGAUUCAGAAAACAUAAAUGGAACUUGGGGCCAUAAACACAAUGGAAUGUCUGUGCUUCAACAACAUGUAUCAUUCUUUGAUCAAGAUGGCGAUGGCAUUAUUCGCCCAUCUGAUACUUACCGAGGAUUUCGAGCACUGGGAUUCAAUGCCAUUGCAUCUUUGUUCUUCAUGAUCUUUAUACAUGCAGCACUGAGUUAUGCUACUCUCCCAACUUGGAUACCUUCACCUUUCUUCCCAAUACAUUUAAAAAACAUCCACAGAGCAAAGCAUGGAAGUGAUUCAGGGACCUAUGACACUGAAGGAAGAUUCAUUCCAGCACAUCUUGAGAAUAUAUUUAGCAAAUAUGGUCGAACUCAUCCUGACAAGCUUACUUUGAGAGAAAUUUGGCACAUGACUCAGGCAAACCGUGAUACUUUCGAUUUCUUUGGCUGGUUUGCAAGCAAAUUGGAGUGGGGAGCUUUAUACGUUCUUGCCAAAGACGAGAAUGGGUUCUUAUCAAAGGAAGCUGUGAGGCGUUGCUUUGAUGGAAGUCUAUUUGAUUACUGUGCCAAAAUGCAAAAAGGUGUUGCUGAUAAAUUGGGGUAAAAUCACCCAAAAACUACAUUAAAUCAUUUAUUUUUUCUUUUUUUUUUCAUAUCUGUCACAAUAUUCAAAAUUUUGCCUAUUCUUUUAUUUUUUUUUUGUCAAUAUUCAGACCUGAGAAACUUCUAGAAACAUCCAU